AUGAAAGACCAAAAAAUUAAUGAUAAAAACUUAUUGAAAGCAAAAACUGGUGAAUGUAAGCUGUUGAAUUGUAAUAAGAAAAAAGUAAAGUUAUGUCGUGACAGUCUGGUUUUUAAUAUUAGGCCAACUUUAAAUGGUUCCAUUAACUGUAGUAAUUCGAUGCCAAAAUCGUUUUCGAAAGUUAGAAAUGUCCGAAAUGUUUCGAAUUCUAAUAAAAAAGAAUCAAACGCGAACAUUAAUUCUGACCACUCUUUCGGACAAACAAAUCAUCAAGAGUUGAAAAAUUCUGCUAUCCAGUCAAGCCAUGACAAAAAUGAGUUUCGAAACUCUAAAACGAAACUCUCAUCAACUCCUCCAGAAUACAGGGACAAAAUUGAUGAAACUAUUGAGACACUAGAAAAAAUUAAAUCUGACGACGUAGGAAAAACAAAUGCUGCUCCAGAGAAAAAUUUGUCCAUAAAUUCAGAGAAAACCAGGACUACAUCCAAGCUAAUGGACAAAGUAAUCGCAACGACUGAUUUGAAUGAAAAUGUUAAAAUGACAUCAAACUAUCUAGGAAAAUUUAAGAAUACAUCAAAACAUUUAGACCCAGUUAGACCUGCUUCUACUUACUCUGACAAACAAAAGAUUGUUUUGAGACAUCUGACACCAUCUGAAAAAAAUAUAUCAACAUCGAGAAUUUCUGGGAAAACGCCUGACUUAAAUGAAAAAGUUAAAAUGACAUCAAACUAUUUAAGAAAAUCUAAGAAUAUAUCGAAACAUUUAGACCCAGUUAGACCUGCUUCUACUUACUCCGAAAAACAAAAGAUUGUUUUAAAACAUCUUCCACCAUCUGAAAAAAAUAUAUUAACAUCGAGAAUUUCUGGAAAAACUAAAAUUGGAUCAGCCUAUAAAAAUGUUCGAGGUGCAUCUACUUAUUCUGGAAAAAAAAACAUAGCUGUUAGUCAGUCCAGGGCGGUAGAUAAAGGUGAUACUGAUCAUGUUAAUACAACUGACAGACGGGUGGAUAGAAGUCCUUUAAACGUAAAAGCCGAUACAAAUGAACUGACAGAAGUUGCUGAUACAAAUGAAGCAGAUGUAAUAAACAGCGAAAUGAACCUAACGAAAUUAGAACCGACUACAAACCUCACUACGAGGGAUGACGAAGAGGAACUUUUAUUUCUAAAUCAAUCGGCGGACUAUGAGUUGAAUACUGGACAAUCUGAUAACAUUAACGUAACUUUAGAAAAACUGACCAAUACCAACUUACCAUCCAUUUUUUCAGCGAAUUUCGAAAAUAAUGAAAACCUGAUGAGCACCCGACAACAAGAAGAAACCGCCCCAGUUUCAAAUGCAGAAGCUGAUCAUCAAACUUCGCCAAUAAAAUUGCCUCAAAAAGAGUCUUUCAAUCAAAAUAAAAAAACAGGAAACGAAAGUUUUGACACUGUGGCACAGCUGGGCCCAGAGAACCAUAUAGCGGAAAAUUUUAACUUGAAUGACACUUCUCCAGCUAAUAACGAUGAAAAUAUUGUUGGAAACGUUUUCGAAGCUAACAAAAUUAACUCUAUGGACUUAGAUGUUCCAGAUGAAAAAACCAAAUUAAAGAAAAAAAGUUUAAAAAGUGAGGAAGAAGUGAAAGUACAAAUUAGCUGCAAUCGAACAUUGAUCAGUGAAGCCUCUGGCCAGCGUUCCGGGACAGAUGCCAGCGAAAUCAGAAUGCAAAUGAGAAAAACAGUCAAAACAAAUCUACAAAAGAUGAUUGUUGAAAAGUUGUGUAAAUGCAAAAAAUCUGGCGUUAAAGACGCAAAAGUCUUAUCGAAAAGCUCCGAAGUUUUAUUUAAAAGUGAAAGUGACGAGUCGGAACCAGACGCCGAGAAAACAAUGAGAGAUUUAUUCUGCGAGAGAACCCCUUACGAAAAUGAAUUCGAUUUGUAUCGAGAAAAAGAUCAUUUUGCCCAAACACGAUUAGUGGCAUCAGAUCAAAGAAAGAAAUCAAAAGAGUUUAAAGAUUACGGCAGCAUUACAUCAAAGCCUGAUAUAAACUUAAUCUCUCAAUUUUUCUACCAACUCAGUCAAUUCCAGCAUUACGCGAGUCACCAUCAUUUUCACGAUCCCAGCGACCCCCACCAGCAUGAUUUCCACAGUCUCAUUCCUUCCAUUGGACAUCUCAUCAACGCAGUCGUUCCGCAUUACGUUCAUCACCAUUCAUAUCACCACACUCAACAUCAUGACGAUAGUAAUCAUUUCCAAGCAUCGGCUGAACACCACCACCAUCACCAUCAUCACCUUAAAUUUCUCACUGAUCUAACGCACCAGUCACCUUCAUCCGUACCAAGCGCUGCUCACCAUCACCACCAACUUCAGGAAAACAUUCCUGUUGCUUCAAGCCAAGGUCACGUCAUGAACUUGGUCGAUGAGUUGUUGUCGCUGUACUUUUCAGCGAAGUCGUUAAAAGAGCAUUCCACAUCUAAUGAUGGAAGCAUGUCACCUGUAAAAAGAAUCGAGUCGAUAGAUCGGGAUUUGCUGGUUGAAGCCUUGAAUAAACUGGAGCAUUACCACUCUCAUCACUACCAGCACCACCAUCCACAUCACUCUCCGCACUCCCAACUUAGCAGUACUCUGGCAAACAAGCAGAGCUACUUUCAUCACUUUCACUCGCCUUACCAGCCCAAUCACACGUGCGAUUCUAAAGAAGUUAAGAAAGUUAAAAAAGUGGAGAAGAAAUGCGAUGUGAAGUACGGUUGCAGGUGUCAGAACGGACACCUGACGCCACUGUCACGAUACGAUCUCGAAGGAAAGAGAGUUGGUUGCAGAGUUCUCGACAAACAUUUGAAGUCGGAUUUCGUCAAGCCAAAAAAAGAUCUGGAACAGAUCAUGAAACUGAUGUCCGAAGCACCAAAAACUUCAGGUUUCAACCCAUUAGAGAGUGAACUAUUUGUGAAACUUUUGAAGAACAAGCUGAGCAUCACCAAGCAUGAUCUACCAUUCAUUCUAAACAAAAUUGAAGAAUCAGAGAAGGAAAAUAAAGAGAGAUAUGAAUUGGAAAGGUUGAUGAAAGUGAGACACGUAAAUGCCGGCAAAUUGAGUGAAAAUCCGACAAACGAAGACGUCUUCAAAAAAAUCAUGAAGAAAAAGUUGGACCUAAUGAAGAGAUGUCAGCCGGUGUGGGCGCAGAAGCAAAAAGAACUAAAAUUAGCCAAAGAAGAGAAACAAAUGAAAAAGCAUUUGUUGAAAAAGUCGAGUGGAAAUGCUGACGAGGAGGACGGCGAAAAUGAUGAGACGAAUGUGGAGGAGGUUUUGAAAAAAAAGAAGCAAGAAGAAACGUGCCAAAUUAUUUCAAGAGAUAGAAAGUUCGAUAGGAUCUACGCGCUUCGGAUGAAACUUUUGCACAAGAUAAAUUCUGAGGAAAACCUGAAAUUUUUCCUUGAACACUAUCCAAAAAUUCGUGCCUUGCCUGAAAAAGUAGCUUUGGUGUCUCAAGCCGAUGAAAAAGAUGACGGGAAUGUCGGAAAACCCGUAAGCAAUAAACAGAUACAGAGAUCGGCCAGCACCUCAAGUAUUCUCUCCAAUAAAUUCCCCACCAUUCCGAAACAUAUACCAUCGUUGAAACCAAAGAUUAGUAAACCGACUGUUGUGAGGAAAAAACCCAGACAUUUUGAAAAAUUGAAUGUUCGAGGUAAGCAAUUAUUGGGUUGGAAUGGAAAGGAAAAAUCGAACUAUGGAACAGAAUCAUUUCUAGGAUUGGACACCGACGACGGUGGUGGUGGUGGGAGCAGUGAAACAGUUUUGAAAGUUACUAAACGUUUCGUCAAAGUACCCAGAAGUGGGCCAACAUGGACUCCCAGAGAGUCUAUACUACAGUUUUGGUAA